AAACUAACGUAAACGUUCGAUAAUCUUUCAAGUUCGAGUCUUUGACUUUCUUUUCUCUUCCCCAUUGGAUCACCUCGUAAACUCAAGGAUUAGCCAAUAAUCCGUGAAACGAUAGCCACAGAUUAAACCGAAUCAAAAGAUGAAAGUCGAUCGCAGUCACAGAAGAAUCACCGCCGCCGCCGUGAUUGCACUCGUCGUGUUACUCAGUCUCUCUCUGCUACCCGCCACUGAAUCUUCAUCCCAAUGCAAAGCGUGGCUCGUCCAAUCCAUCCCCACCGACGUGCCGGCUCUCCGCCGCGUCCCCGGCGUCCUUUCCACCGCGGAUGUGUUGGAAUGGCUGGCGAAGAACUCGACGGAGAGACUGGACGUAAUUGCUCAGUACUGGCAGCUAAUCGCGCAGCCUGAAGAUCCUCGUUCCGGGGAUUUCGGGUACUCGAAAGAGGAUUUGCAGAGGUUUGGAGCUCAGGAAGGUGCUUCUGUUUAUGGCGCCAUAGACGAUGCUGCUAAUCGCAAUGUUUCCAUCAGGCUACUAUCCCACUCAGGUGUGUAUCCCGACUAUACCACAGAGCCAUCCAACCUUGCUUCAGGAAGGCCAAAUGUAAAGAAUGUGACUUUGUUGUUUAGUAAAUGGUGGGGGUCCGGCGUAGUCCAUGCCAAAGUCUGGAUAUCAGAUCGCCGAGACGUGUAUAUUGGAUCCGCCAACAAUGACUGGAAAUCUCUCACACAAGUGAAGGAACUUGGAAUUUAUCUCGUUGGUUGUCCGAAAAUAGCAAGAAAGGUUGAGACCUACUUUGAAAACCUAUGGACACUUGCAUCUCUUGAUCAUACAACUCAUACGACAACUGUAUCAGAUAAGCAGUGGCAGGUCGACAGACAAGUUCCUUGCUGGUCACACUUCUUGGAUUCUAAAUUGCGGUGUAGUUCACCUCUUCCUCGAACGGUGGAGACUCACCAUGUAGCUGGAUACCCUAUACUGAGCGAUCCCUACAUGUUCAAAUUGCCACUGCAGACUCCUGGGUAUAAUGAUUCAAGCUUGCAGCCUCAGUCCAGCUAUCUCUCUUUUGCUCCUCCAGAGUUGACAUUUGGUAGGUACCAGGCUGAUGAACAGGCUUGGAUAGAGACUAUUCAUUCUGUAGGAAGUGGAGGAACGGUUCGAAUUAGUACCAUGGACUGGCUUGGUCAGUCCCAGUAUACGAACCCAACGGUUUACUGGUCAUCCCUCUCCUCUGCAAUAUCUGAGGUUGUCUUCUCAAAGAAAGCAACAGUGAAAAUAUUGGUAGCAUACUGGGCACAUUUUAUCGACGGCACAGACCAGUACCUAAAAUCUCUUCUCUACUCCAACUUCCUUUGCUCUUCGUCUACGUAUAACCAUUGCGCUGGGAAAGUUGAGAUCAAGUACUAUGUAGUCCCGGGUUUCAACUUGACCGGACCUGCCACUGCCAAUGGUACCGACACCGGAAACAUAUACCCCGGUUACACCAGGGUCAACCAUGGAAAGUAUGCGGUCAGUGAUGUUCGAGCUCACAUAGGCACGAGCAAUCUCAUUUGGGAUUACUUUUAUACAACAGCUGGUGUCAGCUUUGGUACAUACAACCCUGCCAUUGUUUCUCAGCUUCAAGAUGUUUUCGACGCGGACUGGGAUUCCCCCUAUGCCGUGCCAGUUGAUGAGCUGGGAGAAGGUAGGGCUUGUCCAAGUUGAUGAGCACUUCAAUUUGUUACUAUUCCAUGAAGAUAGAAUGUACAUGAACGAGCUGAAAUGUACAUUGCUUUCGACUUCUUUUUUAUUCGAUAAGACGAGAUUCUAAACUACUAAAAUUUACUUUGCUUUUGGAUUUAUAUACAAUUGGAAAUUGUAAUUCAGUUGCUUAGCAAGCUCGUGGUGAAAUAAACUGGAUGUUCUUUGUAAUUUUAUCUGAAUAAAGUCAUUCUUUAAGUCUUA